UGCCACUGGUUUGGUCACUGAGCAGGUUACUGGCCUCUCUAAGCCUUUCUCUGAGGUUUCUUCAUCUGUCACAAUGGGGUGAUUGCAGCAUCUACCCUCAUAGGUUUGUUGUGAAGACUGAAUGGGAGGUGGAACGUAAAACACUCAGGAGGAGGCCUGGACCAUAGUAAACGCUCAGAGAAUGCUGGUAUUGCUGGUCCUAACCUAGGGACUGACUCUGUUUCCUACGUCCUGGCCCCCAUCCUGCAACCAACAUCUGACCUUGACCCCGAGUCUCCUUGACUUCUCUCUGUCCCUUCCUGACUACUAGGCUGAUGCCAGGGUCAGCUCCUAAAUGCAAUGAAUGGGAUUUCUAAGAGUUUGUCCCCUGGGCUUAGUGACUGGAAGGAGGGAAAGAAAGUGGGAGAUGGCAGAGACUGGCUGUGACUUAACAAGCUCUGGUGGCCCUGAUCCUUUCAGUUUACUUACUCAUACCCUUUGCUCUGAGGUCCAUGCCCUUGGUUUCCCUCUGAGCCGCCAUCAGCAAAACCCUCGUGGCUGCCAGGAGAGCAAUUUAUGCAGCUGCCCUAAUGCAGCUGAGAGGAUGGGAACCAAGUCAACCCCCCCCCCCAGCAAAUUGCUGGGACCUAGGGACACUGUGUAGGGCUCAUGCUGCUACUUAGCCUGGAAAACGAACCACUGCCUCCCAAACAUGGGUACAGGUAUAAGAAGGGGGCUCCCAAGGGCCCAGGGAUCAGCUCUGGCUCUGCCCACCCACCACCCACCAGGAAAUGAACAACUACUGGCGGGCCAUGCAGAGGAUGUCACCACGGGAACAGAUCAGCCUCUUGGAGGAGGAGAACCAGAUACUAAGGCACCUCCUGGUCGAGCAGGAGCUAAAAGGAAGCAGGUUCACUGGACCCCAGGAUCUGGCAAUGUCCAUGAGACAGAAGCUGCAGCGGCUGAUUAGUGUGCGCGUGCUGAAACUGAGGAUGCAGCGCAUGAAGAACGAGCUAAUUCGGAAGAAUGAGCGAGAAACGAAGUGGCUGGAACAGUAUCAGGCACAGCAGCCAAAGGCUGCCCUGAGACGGUUCCAGGUCCUGCUGCAGAAGAUGAAGGCGCUGGAGGACCCCGCACGGCACCAUGAGAAGGUGCUAGAAAAGAUGGAGCAGGUGCUGGAGGACCAGCUGCUGCAGGAGAGAAAGGAGCACCGCGCCCCCCAGCAGGCGGCUGGGAAAGCCGCAUGCAGGACCUCGAGUCUUCAAGAGUUCCUGGGCUCACUGCCUCAACUGGGGCCAAAUACGAACUUCUGCUCUACCCACAGGAUCUCCUGGCCAGUACUACAGACAAGUUUAACCUCAUGGCCAAGAUGGAGCAGGCGCAGAGCCGUAUAAAAGCCAGAAUACCUUGACGAACCAUGCCAACAACCUCAAACAGCCCUCAAAGCAGGAAGUCUUGCUGCCCAACUCAGACCCCAAGCCCAAACAGCCUUCAGACACCCAGCUGGAGCCCUCCAGCUCCCAGCAGACCUGAGCCCUGCACAGGCCUCCUCCUUCCCUGUGCACCGGGCAGCAUCACCCCAGCCCCUAAAGAUGACUUUAUUAAAUGCUGAAGCUGAGCCCCA